GGAGUUAACAAGAUAGAAAGCCGCUCCCGAUGAUAUUGACUGCGGGCGGACGCUUGAUUGGCUCCUCGUUCGGUUCGACCGCUCGACUGGCCGCACGGAUGUGUGGAAGAGUCUUCAUCCGGCCCAACUCUUGGCUCGUCCUCCCAUCUCCCAUGCGUCUAGGCCUGCUUCUAAUUCUGGCGUCCAAGCUGCAUUUAUUCACUUGCUCGAGCUCAAUGCCGGGCCAAGGACCAUAAUACCUUAUGGCCAGUACUUUGACCGUCCUAUGAUCGUCACCAGCCUCUCAUCUGCAAGCAUCGACUAGAACUACAUUGAUACAAGCGGAGUCAACACCGGAGCACCGCCGCUCAGAAUCGAAAAGGACUACUACUUUACCUACCCAUGAUAUCGUCUGUGUCGACAUCGUUCCCCGUCUUCCAGUGAGCCCACCGGGCUGUGCCGGCAGAGACGGUGUGCAGCGGCAGUCAUCGACAUCAUCGACACAAUCAAUGAGUAUCAUGACCACCGUUCACGCUGGUGUGAAGCGAUCGUAUCAGGAUAUGCGCGGUAGUUCCACUGAGCGACUGGUCUCGCCUCGACCGAACACGAAAGAACCUUUACAGCAGAUUUUAAGGUCGAGAGAAAGCAGUGCCACUCCAACGCCACCAAACGGCACGAUCACACCAAGUCCACCAUCACCGCGGAAAGUCGCUUUUGGACCCGAUGCAUCUAUCCUUCUGAUCGGCGUUCGUGGGGUGGGCAAAAGUUCCUUGGGCUUUCUCGCAGCGUCUGCCUAUAAUCGUAGAUUGGUCGAAUCCGAUCGAGCAUUCACAGAAGCCACCGGUACGAAUCGAACUGCGUAUCGACAACUACAGGGCUCUGCGGAGUAUCAAAGAAAACAUUGUGAAGGCUUGAAGCGAUUGCUCGAAUCCAACAGCAGGAAUUCCGUGAUUGUGUGCAGCUUCGCAGACCUGGAGAGUGAUGGCGCCAGACUGAUUCGAGAUUGGGCACAAUCGCAUCCGGUCAUUUAUGUCACUCGUGAUGUUCCUGGCAUCCAAGAUUACAUCAAAGUGUGGUCUGAAGAGCGGAUACAGGAUGUCAUCCGUGCAUCGGAGGCUCUGUUGCGAGACUGCUCCAACUAUGACUUCUUCAACGUCUCCGAGACCAUGGACAGUCUCUCACCCAACGAAGGGCCGCGCCAGGCAUCGAGCAGAGCCUCGAAUGGUCCAUUUCUGACCCUCAAACGAACCGAGCAUGACUUUUUGAAGCUUCUGCGCAACAUCAUUGGCGACCAUGAUCGGGGCCGCUCCCAUCAGUCGGCUUAUCCACUGUCGCAGAUGAGUGUUGACAAGCUCGAGUUUACAUCUUCUGUCACGCUCUCCGCCGAAGACGUGGUCUCCAAACGAAUCGAUCUGGAUGAGGCACAGAUAGGCGCCGAUGCGGUCCUGUUGAAGAUCAGCACCAGUCCUCGACAUGGUGAUACCUGGCGACUGGGCAAGCACAGCUGCUUCAACCUUGUUAACGAAGCGUUUGCUGUUAUUCGAAGGUCGUCAAUCUUACCCAUCGUUAUAGAGGUUACCCGUGAUGAACGAGACAGUCGACAAAAGCAACUGUCCCGCGCGGAACUCUUGGAGUAUUGUCUCCGGCUGGGACCCGAAUAUUGCACACUGGACCUCCAAUUUGAACAGAGUCAACUCCGACACUUGCUCGCGAGUAAAGGUCGCACCCAUGUGAUUGGGGAGUAUGCUGCUGCCGCACGCAUGCACGAUGGCUGGUCUGGCCAAGCGUGCAUGGACAUCUACGAGAAGGCUCAAAAUCUGGGCUGCGAUCUAGUGAAGAUCACGAUGCCAAACGGGACUCUCGCAGACAAUUUUGCCAUUCAAGCAUUGCAGCAGCGUGUACAGACCUUGCAUGGCGGCAAGGGGCCACGCCUGAUAGCCUACUGUACUGGCAGACACGGCCGAACCUCCAUGUGCUUUAACAAUACAUUAACGCCAGUGGCACCACCUGAGCGAAUCCCAGAUCCUAAAAGUCCUGAUGGCGACCAUUCCGAAGGGAUUCUGCAACUCGUGACAGCCAAAGAACGCAGCGAAGCCCUUUUCGCGAGCUUCGUUCACGAGCCCAUGCAUUUUCUCAUUUACGGAGCUAAUGUGAGUUUUUCGCUGUCACCGGCGAUGCACAACGCAGCAUAUCAGGCCAUGGGCAUGCCACACUCCUACCGCACGCACUCGGCUUCGACAUUGGAAGACUUUGUGACGCUGGUGCGGGAACACGACUUUGGUGGAGCUGCAAUCGUGCAACCAUUCAAAACGAAAACCUUGCCCAUGAUGGAUCUCCUGAGUCCGCACGCUAAAGCAAUUGGGGCACUCAAUACCGUCAUUCCGCUUCGAGACGAGACCGUCAUCGCGUCCAUCACCAGUGAAGUUGGCAUCUUUCGAGAACGCAACCGAACCGGCCCUGUCAAAGCCCUCUAUGGCGACAACACGGACUGGAUUGGCAUUCGAGCCUGUAUCCGUCGAGGCCUAUCCCCCGCCAACACCGUCCGCCCCCAAACCACAGGGCUCGUGUGCGGAGCAGGCGGCAUGGCACGCGCAGCCAUCUAUUCGAUGAUCUCGCUCGGCGUACAAAACAUCUUUGUAUGCAACCGCACCACAGGCAACGCCGAAGAGCUCGCCAAACACUACAACCAACUCAUCCGCACCAACGGCAUCGCCGAACUCAGUCCCACCAACGCCGCAAACACCACCGUCACCGCCCUCGAAUCCUUCCAUAGCGACUGGCCCCCCAAUAUGCGCCACCCCACCAUGAUCGUCAGCACCAUUCCGACACAAACUCUCGACGGCAUGCCGACGAAUUUCACGCUGCGCAAAGACUGGCUCAGCAGCCGCACGGGCGGUGUCGUGGUCGAACUGGCGUAUAUGCCGAUUGUGACGGCACUCGUCACGCAAGUGCAGCAGAUUCAAAGUAAAGGUUGGAUUUUGAUGGAUGGGCUGGACAUGUUGCCCGAGCAGGCUUUUGCGCAGUUUGAACUGUUUACGGGACGGAGGGCACCGCGUAAGUUGAUGCGGGAUGAGAUUUUUAAGCAUUAUAGUGAAGAAUUUGUGGUGGGGGCUGCGUUGAAUACGGACUCGCCGUGAGGGUUAGAAGAAUAGUUGUAGUAAAAAGAAAUG